ACUUAUAUGAACUCUCAAAAAUUCCAGAAAAUAGAGACCGAUUUGAUCGGUGUUAUCAACACAUCGGCCGAUUUGAAGCGAAAUUACUUGGAGUUCACAGAACUUCGAAACAUACUUAAGAAAACGGGUCAGUUCUUCGAGGAGGCACAGGAAGCGGACUCAACCACUCGCAAAGAGAUCCGUAGAGUUUCGGUGGUCGACCCGAGGCUUAUGCGGCGAUUCUCUAGCGUUAACCAAGAGAUCAAUAUACCAUUAGAUCCCGUCACUGAUAUUAAUUUCAUAGCCGGCACAAUUUUGCGACAAAAGUUCCACUCAUUCGAGCAGAUGUUAUGGCGGGUCUGCAGAGGAAAUAUAUUUCUGAGACAAGUGGACAUCGAUGAGCGCCUGGAGGACCCGAAAACGGGCGAAAUGCAAGCCAAAUGCAUAUUUAUAAUCGUGUUUCAGGGCGACCAGCUUAAGAAUAAGUGCAAAAAGAUUUGCGAGGGAUACCACACGACACUAUACCCCUGUCCGGAAAUGCCGGGCGAGAGGGCAGAGAUGCUGCGGGGAGUCAACAACCGACUCGAGGAACUACAGAUCGUGAUGAAGGGCACGGAGGACCACAGGACCCGCAUAUUGGUAGCCGUGGCUAAGAAUCUACUCGAAUGGAAAGUUAUGAUCCGGAAAAUGAAGUCCAUUUACGAGACGAUGAAUAUGUUUAACAUCGACGUGACGUCCAAGUGUUUGGUGGCCGAGUGCUGGUGUCCCGACAUAUUCAUACCCAAAAUACAGGAGGCGCUCAUUCAGGGCCAGAGGACCUCCCAGACGGCCGUACCGUCGGUGUUGACCCGUAUAGACACUACUCAGACGCCGCCGACGCUCAACAUUACUAAUAAAUUCACCCGCGGUUUCCAGGCUAUAGUGGACGCGUACGGUGUGUCCAACUACGGGGAGGUGAACCCUAUGCCCUACACUUGCGUUACCUUUCCGUUCAUAUUCUCGGUAAUGUUUGGCGACGCGGGACACGGCCUCAUAAUGACCUUAUUUGGGCUGUGGAUGAUAUGGAAGGAGAGAUCCCUGUCCCGUAAGAACUGGGGCGAGAUAUGGGACAUGUUUUUUAUGGGUCGGUAUAUCAUUAUAAUGAUGGGUCUGUUCUCCAUAUACGCCGGCUUUAUAUACAACGAUGUCUUCUCGAAGUCUAUGAACCUGUUUGGGUCGCAGUGGAAGACCCCGGAGCCCAGGUUACUGGAAAAUGGGAGCUAUAGGUUUGACCCGGAUAUGACACUUGAUCCCCAGAAUGAGACUAAACCGGACACACUACCGUACCCGUUCGGAAUGGACCCGAUAUGGCAGUUGGCCACGAAUAAGAUAAUAUUUCUCAACACAUACAAAAUGAAGACAUCGGUUGUGUUAGGAGUUAUUCAAAUGAUAUUUGGCGUUAUGUUAAGCAUCGUUAACCACUUCCACUUCAAGCAUUAUGUGAACAUAUUAUGCGAAUUCAUACCGCAAGUGAUAUUCUUGAUGGCUAUAUUUGGUUACAUGGAUUUCAUGAUAUUUUGGAAGUGGUUUGCCUACGAUUCCUCAAACUCCAACUGUGCCCCAUCCAUACUCAUUACACUCAUCAAUAUGUUCCUGUUCAAAAAGGGAACAAGUGCUGACCCGUGUUAUCUUAGAGAUCCCAUGUAUGGUCCCCAAGAGCUCAUACAGACUAUACUACUGGUGCUUGCCGUGUACAAAGAGUACAUACAUUAG